UGAUGAACUUUUAGCAAUAGUAUUUACAACAAUUUCCUUAUCAACAACAUAGUCUCUUUCAAUAUUUAUCAUUAACAGAGCUUCCAUAAUAUCUUGUGAAAUUAAUGAUCUUAAUUUAGUUUUAAUGUUUUUAAGUUUGGAAAAUGUUCGUUCAYAUGUAACUUGUGUACAUGGUAACGUCAAAACAAAUUUAUAUGCCAAGUAUAUAUAAUUAAAAGAUCCUGAUUGUUGAACAAUUUCAUACAAAAUAUUAAAAGCACAUCUUAAACAAUUGUUACAUGUAUUGCAUUCCAAACUGUGGUCAAUAUUUAGUUCUGGUUCAGAAUUGGAUUCAUAAUCAAAAGAUAGAUCAUUUUUUKAAAAUGUGUCAUUAAAAUUUUUAGUUAUUGACUUUACAAGCUAUUUAUAACCCUGCGGGCGGCCGUAUUUGUAUUUAUUUACUCUAAAUUAAUAAUAAUAAUAUUAAUAGGUACAAAAUUAGGGGCCCCCAAUUACCAUAACUAAGCUGGGGCCCCGUUUGCAAUUGCGGACUAGCGGUCCGGGCCAGUCCGACUCUGAACAAGAGAACCAGACGUAAAUCAAAUUUUCUACACAUCUACAUGCGACACCCCGUUUUAGUGGAAGUGUAGUCAAUGACAGGGAAUCAAAUGGGGAAGUGAAAAAUUUGCAUGAUCUUUUGAUAGAUAGGUGUAACCUGAUAUACCUGUGGAACUUUGUCAAUAACACCAUGCAACUAAAAAUAACGCCAAAUAGUAAAAUUUUAUUAAAAUAAGUAACUUAAUAUUUAAGUUCAGAAUAAUAUAAUGAUAUAUUUUUAAUAACAGGGUAUAAAUUAAAUAGUAAUAGCUAUGGUUGAAGCACCUGAAACAAUUAAAAUCGUAUUGAUGUUCAAAAUAUACAUUUAAGCCUUAUAACUGUACCUGUAGCAAAAUGAUUUAUAAGGAAGUAAAGUUAAUAAAAACAUGUUUCUCACCUCGACCAUAUUGAGUUAAUUUUUUACUGGUUCUUGGUUAACUGAAAAACUAAAAUGGUGUGGACUGUGGAUUGUUAAUUUAUAAUUACCACAUACGAAAUAAACGACAACAAAACAUCUAGAAAAAUGUUUUCAUUAUAUUCUGGGUAGGUAUAAAUCACAUUUCAUUUAAGAAAAAAAGUGAUUAAUGUUUGAUAAGGAAUGAGACCAYGUUAACAGUUUGACCAUAUGUACAUUAUUUUUCAACAUUUAAGAAACAAUAAAAGGAGCCACCGGAAAGAUGUAAACAUAAUUUCUCCAUUCUUGAAAUUUGUUGAAAUAUCAAGUAUCAACUAUGGAAGUAUGGAGUCCCGACUCUGGAGUAUGGAUGUGGAGUAUGGUAAUAUUGUGCAGUUGCGUUUGACGAAUACUGCCGAUUAACAAGUCUAAACUUAUCGACUACCUWUACUUCAGCUUGGACCUGGGUGAAAUUUCGAAUGUCAGUCGACUCAGUCAUCCAACCAACUACUGAAAAGUGAUAUAGCAAUUAUCGUGUUUGGUGUUUUUAACCUGUCUGUUUUAAUGUUCUCAUGUGUUAUUAUCGAAAUUAAUUAAUUCUGUUUUGUGUUGAAUUUAAAUAUAUCUUUUAGGAUAGACUGAUGUUCCAACUUCGCUUGUGCUGUUGAUGAUUUUAGAGUAUUACAAAUCGCUAUUAAGUUUUAAGCAAUAUGGAAGAAGAAAAAAUUGUUACUGAUGUCUCUGAUAAGCGUAAAGUUGAGGAUGACAAUCUAAACCCUAAACCUAAUCCUAAACGAAUCAAACUCGUUCGACCUGUAUUUUCACCUGUUGCCAAACCUUUAACCUCCACAACUUCAGAAGUCAGUAAAUCUGAUGUUCUACCUACAGAUACACCUAAAUCUAAUGUUCACCCAAUAGAAAUACCGAAAUCUGUAGUACCACCAACAGAAAUACUUAAAUCUACUGCAUCACCGACAGAAAUACCUAAAACCACUGUUCUACAAUCAGAAAUACUUAACACUUAUGUAAAACCAACAGAACUAUCUAAAUCAAAUAAAGAUUCUGGUUUAAAAGUUUCUACUAUCUCUGAUGUUUCACUACCUUCGGAAGAACCAAUUGAUCGACUAGAAACAAUUAAGUCAUUKGUUGGUCCUUCAGAAACUGUUAAAAAGCCUAACCUUCAAGUUCCUGACGAACAAGUGGACAGCAGUAGUUCAGAUGCUUUAGAUAUAAAAAAUAUAUUUAGUGAAGAAACAAAAAAAGAAUUGGAACAUUUAAAAAAAAAUAUUUUCAAGAUUGAUGAUGAUGGAUCAUCCUCAGAAAAUGAUAGUCAACCAAAGCGACCUCGAUUGAAACGACCAACUUUUGUUACAUCAACUGUUGAAGUUAAAGUUGAACCUACCGAUUCAAAAAUAUUUGAUAAAGUAAAUGAAACAUCAAGGUUAGACCCAGUGAAAUCUGUUAGUGAAGAAAAUGUUAACAUAACUUUGGAAAAACCUACAGAAUCUAGUUCUGAAGAAAAGGUUGAUCAUGUAAUAGAAAAUAUUACUGAGGACWUAAGAUUAAAUCAGGUAGAACAAGUCAACAUUUAUGCCAAAGAAAUAACAAAUAAUUCUACCGURAGUUCAAAUAUUAAUAGAGUUGAAGAAGAAAUACCUACUGCAUUAAAAUGUAUUAAAUUAGUUGAAAAUAAAAUUAGUGUACCAAAGAGUGUUGUAAAAAGUGCUGAAGUAGAUAAUUUGCUUGAUGUUGAUAAAAUAAAAUCUACCCAAACUGCCACUGUYAUACAUGAAAAUACUGAUGUAAAAGAGAUGGCUAGUUUAUUACCUGAAAAAAAAUCUUUUGACAAAAUAAAUGUUAAUUUAAUAACUGAAGAACAAAAAUGUAUAAUUAAAGAAAAGUCGAUUGAAAAAAAUUCUCUUAGCAAAGGUGCUUAUGAAAAAGAAAUAGAUUAUAAUGUUGUGAAAGAAAGUGCCAAUGACCAUUAUAGAGUUAUUUUAGAAAGAUUAGUAGUUGACAAACAAUGCAACUUUAAAACACAAGAUAAAAACCCUAAUCCAAUAAUUGUGGAACCUAAAGAUGACAAAUCUAUUGUUGAAUCCAGUUAUGCAUGUACUGACAAGUACAAUAAAAGCAUUAAUGAAAUUGAUAUUGAAUAUGGAAAUAUUGGUAAAAUUAAAGAUGAAUUAUUUGAUUCACAAUUAAAUGAUACUCGGAAAGAUGAUACUGUUUCUUAUUUAGAAAAUACAAAUCUAAAUUCUAAAAAAGAUGUACAUGUUGAAAAUGAAAACAACCUUACAACAAAUAUUUUAUCAAAGGAAGUACCAGAUAAUGAAGAAAAAAAUUCUCAAAUGUUUAAGUCUGAUAUUUUAAAAGCAGCUCUUAUGUCAAAAAAAUCACCUGAAAUGCUUGGAAAUUCAUCGGAAGUGUAUGAUCAACCUUCUUCAAAUGAAAAUCCAAUAGUGUUAGAAACUAAACAAAAUGAAAAUUUACCACAAAUAGGGCAAGACUCUAUUGUUAAUAAAAUUGAAGCCGAAAUUAAACUUGCUAUUAAAGAUCAAUCAAGUAAAAUUAAAAAAUCUCAAAAUAAAAUUGUUAGUAAUAUACCAGAAAUGUCUAAAGAAGCAUGUAGCUCUAUUUCUAUUAAUGAAAAUACAACAGUUGGUAAACAUGACGAGCCUCCUAAAUGGGGAUCAGCUAAAAUGAAUGAAGUAGAAAAAUUCUUAAAUGAUUCUAAUGUUACCAUUACUCCUAUUUGCAAGCCUCAAGAAUCACCCAAACUUGGUAAAAUAACAUUAAAGUUGCCCAAAGUUGGAAAUCCAGAAAUUAAAUCUGAAACUACAGUUCGCCCAGAUGUUAAAUCUGAAUUGAUUAAAAAAAUUACAAAUAAACAUAUUGCUAUGGGGGAUAGUCCUUUAAAAAAUGCUCUUUCUCAACCUUCUAAAUCUUUUAAUGAAUUUGCUACUAUUCGCCCUGCACCUAAACUCAGUGCUGAACAAAUUGCUCUCUUAGAACAACAGAUUUUGAAUACUCCCAAAAAAAGAGGUAGACCACCAAAAGCUUUGGCUCAACAAAAGCAAUUAUUGUUAGAAUAUCAACAACAACAACAGUCAAAAGUUCAAGAAGGCUGUACUGAAAAUGAACCUGUCUUUCAUGUUCCAUUGUUUGAUAUGGAAGACAUGAGUGGAGGGGCAGGAAUGUUUGAUUCAUUUGAAGCAUCAACACCAAAGCGAGGAAAGAGUAUCAGAGGGAAAGGUAGUCGAGGGCGAAGAGGACGAGGAGGACGUGGUGGCCGUGGACGCGAUGGAUCAGAUAGUGAUACAGCAUCACUUAGUAGACGUGUAGAUGAUGAAGGAGAAACUUUUCAUGAAGAAAUGAAUCAUGAAGAAGAAACCAAACAUGUAGCUAUGAUAGAAGCUGAGCGACUUCGUAAAGAAGAAGAACGGGAAAGAAAGUUGGAGGCAAGGAAAAAAAAAAUAAAACUCCGUAAUGAUAUUUUAAAAGAAAAGAAAUUGAAAAAGAAGCAAAGAGCAGAAGAAAGAAGACUGCAGUGGCAUGAGAAGAAAAGACUUAUGCAAGAGGAAAAGGCUCGAGCAGCUGAGAUGAAGAAAUCUCUUCCACCACCUCAAAACUUUGAUGAUGAAACUCGUAUGAGUGCUGAUUGUAAUAAUAGUCUAUCCCAAACAACUGCUAGGAAUUUCCUUUUAGGUGAAGAAGAUUUAUCUAUUAGUGGUGCUACUAACGAUAGCAUUAGAAUGAAAAAAGGAAGAAUGGAAGUCAUUGAUCUUGAAAGUAAUAAAACAUUAACUGUUGAUCAAAUUGCUGAAUACCAAUGGCCAUUGGAUGGUGGUGAGUUGUAUAUGAUUCAAGAGCAGAUAUCAAAUUUCUUGGGUGUUAAAUCAUUCAAAAGAAAAUACCCUGGAUUGAAACGUCGUAAUGUCGAAGCUGAAGAACGUACAUUCUUGUGUGACAGUGGAUUAGUUGCUGAAUCAUUAUGUGAUCUUGGUUUAACAGUUCUGUAUAGUUCUGAAGUAUUAGAUAUCAUGUAUACAGAUUUUCCAGAAAAAUACGAAGAACUGAGAGAAUAUAUGAGACUUAAACAUGCCAAAGAAUUAACUAAUCGACAAAGAGCAUUGAUGACAAUUAGUUCAAACAAUGAUGGUUCAAAGUUAGAUUUACGUGAUAGAGCUAUGGAAGCUGUAGCCAAUUGGAAUGCCAAUUUAAAUAAGUCUCGUCUAGAGUCUCGUAAGUGUUCAAUGGAUAUGCAAACAUUCAUUGUGCACUAUCCAAAAAACAAAUGUAAGAAAAUGGCUGUGCCUAAACCUAAAAUUGGCAGUUAUCCAUUGGCUCUACUACCCGGACAAUUCUGUGAUUACUACGCAACGUAAGAGUUAAAUUACUCUAGUGAAGAUCUACGUUACUUGCCAAUGAAUACUGUUAUGUAUGGUCCUUUGAAAUCUGUAGAUAAAGACUUUCCUGUUUCUUUAAG